AUAUAAGCACGUGUCCCCUGCCACAGUAGCAUCAGUUGGCCUAGUGCUGUCCCGGCGAGCGGUUACUCCACUUUCACUUUGAGAAAAAAAUAGCAACAGAACGCAAUGGACCACGACAGAUUUUACAAGCCCACUGUCACCUAUCAUCUGUUCCUGUAUCGUGCGGAGCUGGCACGCCGCAAUGCCCGCCAGCUGCGACUGUCCCGCACCAAGAUCGAGAUCACGGACGAGCUGAUCUCGGAGACGGUGCGCAAUCUGAAGACCUGCAGCAUGGAUGACCUGAAGGCGGUCAAUCGAGAGCUGCUCUUCAAGCGGAAACUGCGCCACAAUGUCUCCAAACUGAACAAAGAGGCCAAGCGGCAGCGACAGCAGCAGCAGCAGCAGCAAUCUCAGAGCCAGUUGCAGCAGUAA